GUUACGCAAGCCCCUUCGCCACGACAAGGCAGUGAUCCAUGAAGGGGCAAGAUUUGUUAGCUUAGUCAAAACUGCUUAAAAAAUAACACUGCAAGACAAACAGGCCAUAAAAUAAACCAUGAAGAGCUAUUCUUUCAAAAUGGGCAGUCUUGUAAUACUAAUAGUGCCUCUCCUUCUAAGCUUGCUGAACUGCAGUUUCUGAAGUGUCAGUCCAAUUUAAAGGUUUUUUAUCCAGAGAUUUCGACAGGCAGGUUUCCAACUUGUUUACUUGCCGAACAAAAAUUCUACUCACUCACACAUUUCCAUCCACGCAUACGUCCACAUUGCACAGUCUAGAUCAGUGUUCCUCAAUCUCAGAGCCUUUAAGAUGUGUGGACCAACUCCCAGAAUUCCCCAGCCAGCAUGGGGAAUAAUGAAGUUUCUUUACGUAAAGGCUGGCUGGCUAGGGAAUUCUGGGAAUUGAAGUCCACACAUCUUAAAGGGUCUGAGAUUGAGAAACACUGAUCUAGAUACAUAGCCAAUAGCACAUUUUAAACCCUUAUGUUUUUAUAACUGUAGAAGGAAUGUGUAAUACUUAGCCUGUGGUUUCCAACAAUGCCUGGUAUGUUUCAUUUUCUUACUGGUGUAUUUUUUUAAAGUCUGCUACAGGGGUUUAUCUGGCUGCUUUACCUACUCCUGGCGGUAUUCAGAUUGCUGGAAAAACCCCCAAUGAUGCCACUUAUGAGCAGCAUAUAUCUCAUAUGCAGAAGAAAAUCAAUGACACGAUAGCCAAAAAUAAAGAACUGUAUGAGAUUAACCCUCCGGAGGCAUCUGAAGAAAUUAUAGGUUCUCCCAUUCCAGAACCAAGGCACCGUACGAGGUUGCUAAGAUCUCAGUCUGAAAGUUCUGAUGAAAUUGCAGAAUUGGAUCUCUCACAUGGCAAGAAAGAUGCCUUUGUGUUGGAGAUUGAUGAUACAGAUGCAAUGGAAGAUGUUCACUCUUUGUUGACAGAUGUCCCCCCACCUUCAGGUUUUUAUAGUUGCAACACAGAAAUUAUGCCUGGAAUAAAUAAUUGGACUUCUGAUAUACAGAUGUUUACAUCGGUAAGAGUCUCCAGACUUAGCAAUAUUACCCUAACAAACCAAACUCUCAACAAGACCUUUAAUGAUCUCUGUGAGAAUCUCCUAAAGAGCCUUUAUUUUAAACUUCGUUCUAUGAUUCCUUGCUGCCUAUGCCAUGUCAAUUUCACUGUUGCUCUUCCAGAAGAUGAAUUAAUUCAGGUCACCGUUACAGCUGUUGCAAUAACAUUUGACAAACACCAGGCUUUACAAACAGCUAAAACUGUAGAAAAAACACUACAGCGAGCUUCUACAGACAAUGAAGAACAGCUGCAAUUUCCACUGGAGCUUUCUUCUGAUCUUCAUAUGCCUCAGCAAUUCUCACCAGCUAAAGAGGACCUGGAGAGUGCAAGUUCCCACACAGGUUUACCAGCUGUGCAAAGAGCCACUUCAGUUGAUUACAGUUCCUUUGCAGACAGAUGCAACAGCUGGAUAGAAUUCAUUAAACUGAAAGCUCAAACUCUAAGGCGUGGAUCAAUUAAGACAACCAUCUCCCUUGACAAGCCAAGUCCGAUGACAGAAGGGCAGUGCCGUAACCGUCUGGGUCCCUCAGGAAUGAAUUCCACUGUGCCGGUUGUGAAGAUGACGCCUCUUUCUUUCAUCCCCGGAGCAAAAAUAACUAAAUACCUGGGAAUCAUCAACAUGUUCUUUAUACGAGAAACCACUUCUCUGCGUGAGGAAGGUGGCGUGAGUGGCUUCCUGCAUGCAUUUGUAGCUGAAGUGUUUGCAAUGGUCAGAGCUCACGUGGCAGCUCUUGGGGGAAACGCUGUUGUGUCUUACAUCAUGAAGCAAUGUGUGUUUAUGGAGAACCCAAACAAAAACCAGGCACAGUGUCUAAUAAAUGUCAGUGGGGAUGCAGUGAUCUUUAUUCGUGAAUCUGAAUUAGAUGGGGUACCUGCCCAGUUUUCUGCUACUGGUUCCACAAAAGAGACAGCAACGUGAAGAACUGAGGUGUCUUGAUUCAUGUGACAAUGUCUUCAGAGGCUCAGAUGGCCAGGUUUUUGUUUCUUGCACUCCGUAUAUGAAGGACAGUUCCAUUUUGAAACAGUUCAAAUUGUCUUUCCCAUUUCAAAAGAUCCAAGAAACCACCUCUUAAUUCUCUGGCCAGAUGAAAGAACAUCUGUCUGAAGAAAGAACUGGACUACCCAUUUGUCCUCAGGAUUCCUCAGGAUAUUGCCCUGCAUUUUAGGACGCAGUCUUAGAAGCACUCUUGAGAUGCAGAUGUUGCUAAUUCUGAUGAGGAAGGGGGGAUAUUUAUAUUGCAACUGGAAUAAUUGGGAAGGCUAAAUCUAUCUUUUCCAUAAAGGAAGAGAUGGUGUUAAUAUUUCCAAAUGUGCACCAUGCAAAGCGAACUUAGCUGUUGGAAUAAGCAAGAAUAACAAACAUUUUGGACUGAAUAUUGCUGCAUGUUUGUUUACAUAUUGGUGAGCUAUGGACUAUUUUUCUAUUCAUUUUUUUAAAAAAAUUAAAUUGCAGUACUGAUUAUGAUAAAAUAGCCAAUUCAUAUAUAAUUGCUAUAUCCUGCUUUUGGAACAACAUGAUGGGGGGGGGAAAUAUUUCUGAAGGCAUUGAAAUCCCAGCUGCAUUGGAAGAGGAAAUCAAGGUUUCUGAGCUUGUCACAUUGUAAAUGCUAGCAGCAUUCAGCGUGGUACUUAGAUCGGGAUUGUGGUAAAUCAAACUAGAAUGUUCAGGUACCUCUGGGCGGAUUUGAUAGAAAAAUCUAAGAAAUUGCUAACAGUCAUUACAUCCCUAAACAGGCACUUGGAUGGACAGGGGAGAACUUUGCAUCCAGCUAUAGAUGUUUUGGGUGGUUAUAGAGCAGCAAGUCACCUAGCAGAGAGAGAAAUCACUAUUUUUUUUUCAUUUAAAUAUGGUUUCCUUGGUUCAGUUUCAACUGGUGGGCCGUUGACAGAAUAUCCAUCAGAUCAUUCCAGAUGUUCAUCUUCCCUCACCCAACAUACCCUUGUGUAAGAAGGGGCAAGCUGAAAUUUUCUGAUGGCUUCCAAUAUGGAACUUGAAGUACAUAUGUAAACUUGAAUGUAAAUACCUGAGAAUGUAUUGGAUUAAAGUACAGAAACUUCUA